AUGAGUGACCAGCAGGGUCAUCCGACCAUGCAGAGUAUAGCCGACUAUUUGGCGCAACUGCUCAAAGACAGGAAACAGCUCGCCGCCUUCCCGAACGUCUUCAUUCACGUCGAACGGCUCAUAGAUGAAGAAAUCGCCAGGGUUCGGGCAAAUUUAUUCCAAAUAAACGGAAUGAAGAAGGAGCCGCUAGUUUUGCCAGAAGCACAGGGCCCGCCCACAACACUCACAGAAAAAGUCUACGUUCCUGUAAAAGACCACCCAGAUUUCAACUUCGUCGGAAGGAUUCUGGGCCCGCGCGGCAUGACCGCAAAGCAGUUAGAGCAAGAGACUGGGUGCAAAAUCAUGGUGCGCGGCAAGGGCUCCAUGAGAGAUAAGAAAAAGGAAGAACAAAAUCGGGGCAAACCAAACUGGGAACACCUGAACGACGAGCUCCACGUACUACUCACAGUUGAAGACACGGAAAAUCGGGCUCGAGUCAAAAUGGACAGAGCCGUCGAGGAGGUUAAAAAGCUGCUCAUACCGGCCGAUGGCGAGGAUGAGCUGAAAAAGCGGCAGCUCAUGGAGCUGGCCAUUAUCAACGGGACGUACCGUGACUCGAGCGCCAAGGCGGCGGUGCAAGCAGGUGAGGCCGCGCAUGUGGCAACGGUGUGCGACGAGGAGUGGCGGCGGGUGGCGCUUGCGGCGUCCGAGACGCAGCGGAUGCUGUCCCCCGGCAUGCAGACGCUCACGGGGCCGAUGAGGAACCACGCGGCGCCGCUGGGCGCGCCCCUCAUCCUCUCGCCGCGCAUGCAGGUGCCCACGUCGGCGGCCUCCCUGCUCAACGGCUCGGCCCAGGCCCAGGGCCUGAUCCCCGGCCACGAGCACCACGGCCUCAUCUACGCGUCGCCGUACGACUUCAGCAACUACCUGGCGGCCGCCGCCUCCGCCUCGCCCCUCAUGACGGACUACAGCGAACACACGGAGCAGCGGUGGGUCACGGUUGGGGUGUGAACCAUUGGUUGCACGCACGAGGCUGGCCUGACCAGCGAUAAUCCAAGGCAGACUCCUGGCGCAGUUCCACCAGAGCAGCUCAUGAGCACAGGACUCCUCCUACUGUUCAUGUCCUGUGCUCACAUCCUUCUGUUGGUGAACUUCUUGCUGUUUUCAAUGGCACUUUUUCAUCCAUGGGAUAUUCCAGUGACGACCACCACUAUGAUUUCACAUCGACUUUCUUUCUUACUUCAUUACCAGUGAAAGGUAUGAUGUAUAAUGUGAAGUGUGCAAUGCUGCCAGUUUUACCAGAAGACAAAGCCAGCUUUUUUAUAAACUGUAGUGACCUAUGAAAUUUGUUUUAAAUGUAGUUUUCUAUAGAUAGCACUUUCCUUAUUCCAGUGCACGAAUCUUCCUUCUAGAUUUUUUAAAUAAAGUAGUUAAUGAGUAUGUUAAAGAAUUUUCUGUAAGUAAAUUUGUAAAUAUUAUUAUCUAUGUAGAUUUGCCAAGUUGAACUGGGUCUAUUUUAAAAAUUAGAUUAUUGUUCUUUUCAUUUAUGAAUUGUGUGUGCCGUUCUUUGAUGUGUACAUUCUGAUGUAUACUCACGUGUAUAGAGUUUGUAUUAUAUUUUCUAUAUAAGUUGAAUUAUUGUGAUUGUUAUUUAUUUGAUUAGUGCUAUUGCAAUAGUGCCUUUUACCAAUCCCUUUACAGAAGAAAUUUGUCCACUUCUGAUUCUGUUUCUGCUUAAAUAUGGUCACUGCAUUGAGGUGGAGAUGGUUUAUAGUUUCUUUAUGCACCUGUAAAAAUUCUCCUUUUAUCAAAGAAUUUCAUGUGAUCUUCCUCUGAUACUUUUAGAAAGGAUCAAUUUUCUGAAAAAAAAAGAAAAAAAAAGGACAAAAUACGAAUCCUCGCUUCUUUGUGGAUACUUAUCCGAGGGACUGAAAUGCACAUCUAAGUGCUCGGAUAAAGGUAUUAUUUUAGCAGAUCAAAAUUCAGGAAAUCGAAUCAAAGUUUCUUAUGUAUUUCCUAGAAAUAUAGACUGUAGGAGUAGGGAGAAGAAUAAGACAGACAAUGUGGAGAAAUUUACAUUGUUUCUGUAAUGCAGCGAUCCGAGCUUUCAAAGACUUAUAUAUUGUUACAAUUGCAAAAUUUUUCUAUGGUUGUUUGUUUCAUAGUUUUAUUCAGUUGACAAGAAUUGAUUAUCUAUUUCCACUUUUCAUGUAAAUUAUGUGCUGUACCCAGUACAGCUAUUAACUGACUGGCAGUUUGGAUAGACAUGCAUUGAUUUGCUCUAUAGUUUACUCUUCCCAGUGCCAUACUGCUUUCUGUUUCAACUUCUGCAUGAAAUUUUUACUGCAGCUAUUAUGAAGGCUUUGAAAACAUUUUUCUCUCUUUUUUUAUUUUUUAUUAGUGAAGCUAGAACAAAGUAUUUGAAUACGAGAGAAGACAUUAUGUCACCUGUUACCAGUGUUAUUUAUAUGUAGUUUUGUUGUGUGUUUGUGUAUGUGUGUGUGCCUUUUUUCCAGUGAUCAAUUAUGUUUUUUUUGUUGAUGUUUUGUAUUUGUGUAGAAUGGAGCAUGAAUUUUGCAUUUGCCAGAAAGCAGCUCUUGUGAUGUCAUUAUCAAAUGCUGCAUAGCCAUAGAUGUGCCUGAAGCAGAAAUACUGCCUUUUUUGCCAUGGGAUUCUUAUUUCUUUUCUUUUUAAAUGUUCCAUUUUACAUAAACGUGAUUGAAAACGUCCCAACAUGGUCAACUUUUACUUAAAUCUGUUCCUCUUCAGAAAUUUUUUUAAAACCCUCCUUUGAGUUAACGGAAAUCUAAUACGCAAGUUUAUGAAAUUUUUGAAAUGCCAGUUGGGACGUUGCAAACUUUCUGUGUGUCUGCGAUGUAUGCUUUAAAUAUGAGUUUUGUGCCUGCAAAACAGGAGCACUAGCGGGCGUUAAGCAGCGCAGACACUUGGGACAGAUGAGAGAACAUCCCUACCAAAGGGCGGGGCCUCCUCUUGUGAAUUAGACCCAAGUGUGCCAAGGUUAGUCUCUGUUACGUUAUCUCUCUAAAGUACCUCUUGUUGUGGAGCCUCCUUUUUAUAUGGCUUUUCUUACUAUCGUAGUCAGAAUUCAAUCUGGAAAUUUCACCAUGAAAUUUCCACAGAGUGCGACCCAGUCCUGGCCUUGUCAUUUACAAAUACUAACCAGUGGUUUAGUAUUCCCCUACAUAAUCUAAAAUUUUAAAGCCACUUGAGCUGAUGUGGGCUAGUGUAAAUGGAAGGCCAGGCCUGUUUCGGCUGAGCGUGCUUGAUUCAAGUUUAAGUUGUUGAAUGAGUCGGGCUUUAUUCCUUAUGAUUACGUUUCACUUUAAUCAAAAACCUGUUCAGGGUGUUUAACAAUUGACAGAUAAACCCCUUUGUGGGAAGUGAUCACCCUAAGCCUGGUGGUGACAAAUUAGUCAACAUAUUUAUUUUCAAAGACUUCGAAUCAAAUAUGCAUUCUUUAAAACUGCUCGCAAAAGUUAAUGUUACCAGACCUAACGUAAUCUAUACAUGAUUAAUGCCCGCCUCAGUGUUAUAGUUUGUCUUGAUAUUAUUAUUUUGGGUUUUUUUUCUUUCUUUGAGGAAAGAAGGACUGUAUGAAAUUGGAGUUUUUCUCAGUCGGUACAGUAGUCAUCACUUUUUAACAUAAAUGUAGAUGAGGUCACAUGAGAAAUGUGAUUUUCCCUUAAGCUAGUCUAUAUUAUUAUUUUCCUUUUUUCACAGAUUUUUAUAGAUAUUUAUGUAUACAUAUUUAUACGAGAAUGUUAAGUUUUUAUCAGUUACUUCUUGGUAAUAAGAUUUUAUAAUCCCUUCAUUAAGUCAACUUUUCAAUUUUGACCAGUAUUUCUCAUGAAAGAAGAUUUUUUCUGCUAUAUGCCGUGCAAAAUGGCAUGUGGCCUUUGGUUGUUUCUGUUUCCCCCUCUCCCUUAAUUGUGUUCUACUCGGACACAUUUUUCUGAAGGGACAGUAAGAUGAAGGACCCAGGUGAUGUCUCUCUGGUUUAUUCUUUCUCAUUUACUUAAUUUUUCAUUGUAAUGGUUGUGAUAAUUUUGCCAAGACCUAAAGAGGCCAAAAGCAAACGAAACUGUCCUUCUUUCCUCUGAUUGUAUCUUCGUAUUUGUGAGAAGGUCACAAAAAGAUUUCAUUUCAAAGGGGCAGUAGAUGUGGAGCGAAUUAAAAUGUAUAUGUACAUUGUUAGUUUCCUCAUUUGGGGAAUUUGAGAUAUUUAUAUAAAAUAUAUUGGUAAAAACUAAAUAUAUAUAUAUAUAUAAAGACAUAUAUAUAUAUUAUGUAUUAUCAUUUCCAGUAUGAAAAUACUAUUUUGUAUUUUUUUGUUGUUGUUGUUUUAUGGCAACUUGAGCCUGUGGAGUGCUAGUAAGACUUUUCCAUUGGUUUGUACAUAUUAGGUGCAAAAUCAAACAUGCAAAAAUAAAUGAAGUGUAAGUUGAUAGUAGAAACUCAUUCAUUUCUUUUCCCCAUAUUUUCAUUUUGUAUCCUUUUAGCCUUUAUUUUGCCAGACCCAAAAUGGAUCUGUUCAGACACCAAAAUAGCUACACUACCUUAAUCCUUCCUUCUUUGGGUCUCUACUAACUUACGUUGAUACAAUCCUUCUCUCCCUUUCUUGCUAACGAACGUCCACAUGGCCAAGUUGAUCUUACUAACUUUAUGGAUAUUUAAUCAUUGCUUCAUAUUAAAUGCUUAAGUAAAUUUGGAGGAGGAGUCACCAAGCUAUGCUCCACAUAAGUGAUGCUAGACUGCGCUCUGCCUACUGUUCUCUUGCACCUUGGGGAAUGCUUCUGGUAGUUUUGGGUUUUAAAACAAGAUGUAGUUCCACUUAUUAUUGUUUUACUGAAUCAUUUAAGCACACUCUUAUGAACAUUUUCUUUCUUGUAUGUUUUUUGGAAAGGUUGAGGUAUAACAAUUCUUAAGUUUGCAGCAAGGAAUUUCCGUUAUUUUUUUUUCUGUCACCCACUUGCUUUUGUUUUUUUGGAACCCUAUUGGGCUACAAGUGAAAUUCUUAUUAUUUUACGGAUGAAUAUUAGCACCAGCUUCUUCAGAAUCAUCUGCUCUUCUAUCUUUUGUUGUUGCUCAGUAUCUGUUGAAUGUUACACAUUGGCGAGAGUAAAGAAAAUCUGAUACGGAGAUUUUAUCCUAUCAGUUUGCAAUCAAAUUCCUUCUUAAUGGAAAGUCCUUCAUUGUUUCUUGUGGCAAAAUCCUUUAUCAAAUAUUUUUGCAGAUGAUGCUGAUGUUUCUGUGUUACAUUUCACUAUACAGGGGGCUCGUUACUAACAAACCCCCACUAAUUUUAUUUUAUCUUUGUUUUGUUCAUUGCUAUUUGAACCAAUGUGCAAGCUUUAAUAGUUCAUGUGUUCAUAAUGAAAAAGACUUUAAUUCAUUUUACUAAACCUUCAAUGUUGGCUUGGUCUGUCAACAUGGUUUGGGCUUCAUGUCAAAUUUUCCCUGGGAUUGAUGUUUGUAGUGGUGUAAAUACCUCUCAGCUUUGAGACAAGAUGUUCAUAUAUUAAGUGUCAGAAACUGGCAUAAAUAUUGUCUCUCAGCAAGUCAGCUACAGUUACUAAUGUUAAAAUAAUAUGAUAAUAUGGUUUAGUGGCUGCCUGAUGACAAAAGUUUGCUUCAAACAUUUUGGCUCGUUUUUAAAAGUUUUAUUUUUUCUCAUUCUUUUACUUUAACUCUUGAAAUCUUUAUCAUGUGCAAGCUUUUGUCUGUAGUUAGUUAUUUGUAUUUUUUUUUAUAUAAUAUCUAUAAAAAAAAAAAUACUCGGGCUCAUAUGUCUGUAAUGCCUUGUGUGGAAGACAAAUUUCCGAUUUUUUUUCUGAACCAAAUUAAUACAUGCUGGCAUUACAUACAUGAACCCAGCUCCUUUGAUAAUCUUUGGACAAAAUCAAAUACUAACAUUCUGUUUUCUUUUUUCUUUUCCCUUUUUAACUCCCCCGGUUGGCAACCUAGAACAAAACCUGGCCUGUAGGCUUCGAGUGCUAACACAGGAAUGGUGUCGAGCGAUCACAAGCAACCGUCCAUCCAAACAUCCUCCCAGUGUAAAGUAACAAGCAACUGCACGCAUCAAGAUGGUUGGUUGGUCCACACUUUAUACUAACCAGCGUCACUUGUUGGGGACAGCACUACCUGCAUGGGUAGGUGUCUUGUGUUCUCUGCUACCUUUAACAUCACUUCUACUAAAAAGGAAUAAGUGGCACCAUAAUUUGAGUGAAUGUGUGAAUUUAGUGAUGAGCAUCAGAAGCAACUCAAGCCAAGCAUAACAAUGUGCCAAUGAUAUAUGCUUAAUUAAGUACAAAAGUCUUAACGAAAAUUAAUUUAUUAGUAUGAUGGAAGACAGGUGUGGACUCACCUACAAGCAACAGUAUUGUAGUGUCUCAUGUCCUUACUAGUCUUCAAAAGCAAUAUUUAAGUUUUAAGAUGAAAAGAUGUUGACAGUUAUGAGACACAUUUACAUUGAAAUAUCAGUAGGUGUGUGUCCGACUCAUACUUACUUCGACAAUUCUCAUUUUAUCUUUGAAUAUGAAGACUCAGGAAAAUAGAUUCCACAGCCAUACCAAAGCACAUUUUUCGUUUUUGUAAUGUGCAACUUGACUCAAAUCAACUUUUCAUGUGGUCAUUUUUGUAAUGGUGCAUUCAUUGCAUGCUGUUGGGAUUAUUUUGUGUUUCAAACUAGUUUUAUGGAGGGCCCAUUCUGUUAACAUAGAAAGUUUUCUCAAUAUGAUGAAUCUCCUAGGUAUGAAGCUCGCCAUGAGCGUAUUAGCUAGAACUUUAAAUGAAUUUGAUGUGUUGAAAUCACUGAACACAUAUGCAUAACGUACUUAUAUACUUCACAUCCAGUUGAAACUAAUAUUCUGUACUUCAUUGGUCUCUUUUUUGCUAUUUAAUGGAGUUUCAAAAGUUUCAAUGAAUUGUGAUUUCUUUAGAUGCUGUUUGAAUCAGUAAUGCUCUAUCUGAUCAACAAGAUUGGUCACUUCUUCGAUUAAUUUGAAAAUUUGCACAUAAAUCCAUCAAAUUAAUAUUUUCCAUGGCUACCAUAAAUACAUCUAUAAAGUAUCUAUAAGCACUCAUAUCUACAUUGUUCUGAAUGUUUUAGUUUAUUCUUAAUUUUUUUUUGUUGUUGGUAGCUCGUGAGCUCAUGUUGCUUGUAUUACAUUAUUUAUUAUAUUAGAAGACUGGUUCUUGUACAUAUAAAACAAAAUGUAAGGAACCUACCCUUGAUAAAGAGGCAGCUAUAUACAAAGUACUAGCUGUUGUUGCUACUUUAGAAAGAAAAACACGUAUUCAUGUUGCCAUUAUGUUCAGUACGUAAUGUGUUUCCAUUUGGUUACAAAACAUUUGAUGUUAGGUAUUUAUUAAUGUAUUGCACUGAUCUUUUCAACUGUGUUGCUUUUUUUCCCAUUGUUUUUAUUUUUAAUUUAUAAGCCAUUUAUUUUCGUUUGUUAAAAUAAGCUGUGAGUAGGCUUUUGAAACUUUUGCUUCACUGCUUAAAAACAAAAACUUGCCAGUCCAUGACUGCACAAGAGAAAAAGUAGUCAAAUGGUGCUAAGGUGUAAAACAUUAGGAUUUAUGUUUAUGUCACACAUUUCUGUGCAGCAAUUUCAUCAACACAAAAAUGCCACCUUUUAGAACAGGAAAAGGGAUUAUGAGAUGAGGAUUAAGGAGGGUGCAAAUUCACAGACCAAAGAAAUCAAGAACAAGCCUUUGCACUCAUAAUUGUACCACAUCACAUUUAUGUAUUGAUUAGCAACUUCCCCAUUGUCACAAAAACUUCGGUAGCUCAUGAAUUUGUAUUAAUUUUGUAAUGAUCUUUUUGAAUAUUGUAUAUUGGACAAAAAUCAAAUAAGCCAAACAAUUUUGGCAUCCUUACACACUCAAAAAGUAGAGUGAAUAUUCUCAAAAUAGAAUGCGUUUAGAAAAUGUAGGUUUUAAACAGGGACCGAAACAUUUCUUAUUAACUGUACGUUUAACCACAUGAAGGCUAUGCUGAACUCACUUUCAUUGUGUCCCAUUGAUCUUGCUUGGCAUUGGUACUUAAAUUUGUUUGUUCUUCCUUGUGGGAUUACAGUUCAAUCUAUUGUUUGUUUUGUCUAAGUUGAUUUAUUGUUUUUGUCUAAGCCCCACUAUUAAAGCCACUUGUUGCCAUACAGCAUGCAGUUUGAAAUAUGUUCAUUUCAAUUGUUUGCUGAAUUGUAUUAUACUUAAGUUUGAGAAAGAACACUAAAUUAAGUUCAAGCAAAAAAUUUGACAGAUUUUGAAGAGUAAGACGUAGAAGACAGAUCUUGUAUUUUUUUUUUCUUUUCGGUUUUUAAUGAUUAAUUUUUCUUAAGUUAGUGUAGAUAGCUGCAAAGAGUUCUGGAGUCAUAAUUUCAAUUAUAUUGCUGGCGCAGAAAGUUGAUUCCUUCUUUUGUCAGUUACUGCAUUAAGAGAAAGGAGGGUUGUUGAUUGUCUAUUGUUUAUUUAUUACCAUUAGUAUCUUUGUUUAAAAAAAAGUCUAUGAGAUUAUAGUUUGUUGUUGGAACUUGCUUUUUUGUAUGAAAAAAGCAAAUAUUAUUGACUGUGAUUGUUCCACUCUUUGUGGGCAAUUAAUUGUUUGCCUUAGAGAGUAAGAAACGCAAGAAAACUCGGUAAAAAGAGUGUCUCAGCUACUUUUUCCUGUCUCGAUGUUGAUAUAUUUUUCUUCUUUUUGUAUGUGUUACAUUGAAAUACAUAGUUUAAAAUUAA